AAUAUCCGUCACAUCCGGUAAAUUGGUCAAUGAGCAAAGCGGAAGUUUAGUGUGUUGUUCCGGCAAGUGACAGAAAACCCCUCAGCUUGCUUCGCCUCCAAUCAUGGAGCAAUGUUGGCACUUGUGAGCAAUAGUUGACAUUACUGAUCAAACAAUCACUUGUUUCCCCCAGGACUGCGUAUUCUCUGGGCCAGUCCGGAUUACUAGCCCUUUAAUAGUCUGCAUGGAGCCGUGCUCGACAGUGUGGAUGUAUCAGGCGCUCGUGUAUAUUUUUGUGCUCAUAUGCUAAGGAUGGACAACACACCGUAAUGAGCCGAUCAAGUUGCGCUGAAACUACCCAGGAAGGUCAAGGCGUUGUAAACGGGCCGUCUGUUUCAUCGUGGCGCCCUGAAAUUCUUGAUACACAAAAUCGAACUCCAGACAUCCCAAGAAUUAAGAGAGCAUCUAUCACCCAGAUUUGUACCGCUGGGGUCAACUCUCACACUCUCUGAUAGAAAGCUUCACCUCUCAUGAUGAAUACUGUCAGAGGUGGUGCAGUUACCUGGCGACCACAGCCAUGGCAGGAUGCAGAUAGAGGUGGUGGAGAGCCUCUCUCGGAUAGUGACUCAGAGGAAGAGGAUUUUCCUGAUGACUACUCUACUCCCUUGGGGGAAUAUGUAACUCAGGGGUUAAAACAGCUGCUUGAUGCUCAGCAGUUGUGUGAUGUCACGCUUGUGGUGGAGGGAAAAAAGUUUAUGUGUCACAGAGUUCUUUUAGCAGCAGUCAGUCCAUAUUUUCGUGCCAUGUUUACCAGCCCUCUCGUAGAGUCUCGUCUUACUGAGAUCCGACUGGAGGAGGUGACACCUUCUGUUAUGGAGACCGUUAUCCACUUUGUGUAUACAGGAGAAGCAGGUCUUAGUCUUGAUACAGCAGAGGACUUGUUUGUAGCAGCCAAUCGUCUUCAAGUGAUGCCCUUGCAGGACCUUUGCUCUAGAUUCCUUUUUGAACACCUGUCUGUGGAGAAUUGCCUGGGAAUGUACUCUCUGGCUCGUUCACAUCAUGACCAGCUGCUUCUUCGGGCUUCUUUGAGACUGGUGGGCCAGCAUUUCCCUCGAGUAGCCCGGCAGCGAGAUUUCCUCCUGUUGGACCCAGGAACUCUUGGCAGCUUGUUGGAGUCGGAUCGAUUGGGUGUGGAGUCUGAGACUGAAGUAUAUGAUGCAGCAAGGCGCUGGGCAGAAAACCAGCCGGCUGAUCGCUACAGUCACAUGCCCAAUUUGUUACGCCAUUUACGCCCCGGUCUUUUCGGCCCUGAAGAGAGCCACCGAAUGAACCAAGAACUUGGACUUCGAGCCAGUACAGAGGGCAUGGGAGGACCAUUAAGGCCUCGAGAAGGCAUGUAUGAGAAGAAAAUAGUCUGUGUAGACCUUAAGCCAAGAGAGAAUGAGUCUUUACAGGAAAGGGACUUCACAGUGGAUUGCUUCGACCCUCGUACAGGAAAGUGGGAGAAGCUGGCAGCCUUGGGCUCGCUGCUUUGUCCUGGCUGCACUGCUGUUGGAAGUCGACUCUUUGUGGCGGGAGGCAUCCUGCGGAGUUCUGAGGUCUCCUCAGCACUUCAUGAGUACGAUGUCGUGCUAAACCGUUGGAUUGUACAGCCAUUGAUGGCUGAACCACGUGCAAUGUUAGGUCUUCUUGGCUGCGGAGGUUUUUUAUACGCUCUUGGUGGCUGUAACCGAGCAGCCUUUCUGGACACAUCUGAAAGAUUUGACCUUAACACACUGACCUGGGCAUCAGGACCUCGUUUACCAUUGCCAUUGCGUUCUUUUGCCUGCGCUGCCCUCCGCUGUCGUCUCUACUUGCUUGGUGGUACCACACUGGAGCAGAGCAGGGCUGUGGUGCAUGCUGGCGUGCUUAUAUACCAUACAGUUACAAAUACUUGGAGCCGCGUCGCCCUAGACUCUGGCGCCACCUGCCUGGCUGGAGGCGUGGCAGUACGUGGCGGCGUUUGUGCAAUUGGUGGUUACUUGCGUGAUGCCGCCAAGUUCCUCAAUGGCAACUACACCCAGGCUGAACCACUAGAUGCCACAGGACGUGUGUUGUUCUUCCGAGAAGGAAGAGGAUCAGGAGUAGAACGGGAGGUGGCUGUUGGAGUAGAGAGAGGGGGUGGUGGUAGUGACCGUGCGCCUAGUCCGGUGGUUUUUCCUGGCCUGCCAAGGCGGAUUGCAGCUGGAGGUGUGGCUAGAUGGAAACGCAGGAUAUAUGUGUUGGGUGGUGAGAAUGGAUCGAGAUUUUAUGAUAGCGUCUACUGCUGGAAACCUGGCUGGCGAAGCUGGGUCCAAAGGCGGGAGAAAUUACCAGGGGAAACAGGAGGAGUUAGCCAGUUUGGAUGUACCACACUGAAGUUCCCAAAAAAACACAUUUUAGCACGUCUUCGUGCUGCCCAACAGAAACGGGGGAAAGAGAAACGACCGACACGGUCAUGCAGAAUCAUGCGGAUUGACAGGACAAAUCAGGAAGUGUGAAUUUUUAUUUUUUAUUUUUUUUCAGUGAAACUUAUGGGCAUUUUGGAAACAUUCAUGCACCUACUUUUACAUUAUUACUCUUGGAUGAUGUCUAGAUGUUUUGAAAUUAUUUCACUUCUGCAAGCAGAAUGGAAGUUUUUGUUUACGAAGUAUUGACAGAAAAUAUACAUAACAUUUGGAUAUGAUUUUAGAAUGUUUUGAUUCCCAAAUUUGAACUUAGAAAUGUUAUCGUCCUGUUAAAUAAUAAAACUGUUCGAAUCACAGCAAAAACAAGUUAUACACAAGCUUGACUCAAUCAGGAAAAAAAUCAUUGAUGUUCAUUUGAACCUUUUUGGUUAAAGUUAUUGCUAUGAUGCUGAAUGUAGUUUUACACACAUUAAAACAUCUGGAUUUCUACCAUAACAGCGGUUGAUAAAGUCAUAGCUUAAUAUGGGAUCUCUUCAAAUUGAAGCUUCCAAUCUUUUAUUACAUUUUUUUAAUGAUUACAGUGGUUUCAAAUUACACUUAUUUUCAACUGCUGUCAAGCAGCAACAUUUGAUUCAUCCAGGUUUUCGUUCAACUAGCAUUUCUAUACUGUAUCCCAAAAUUUGCAUGAAAAUAUAAUAAAAUAAAAUGGUGGAUGGAAAAACCAUCAUGUGAAUGAAAUUUGCAUAAUGUGAUUAAUAAAUGUAUACAAUUCAUUUGAGGUGGAUGAUUUUUUUUUAUUAUUAUUUGGUUAUGGGUAACUACAGUGGAAAUACAUUUAAAGAUCAAAUUAUAAGAUAUGUAUUCAGAAGAUAUGAGAUUAAAUAAAUGCUUGGAGAAGAAGAAAAAAAAUCAUGUUGCUCUAGCCAGUCUGAAAUUUGAUCUUGGAGAUGAUUGCUAGCACACAUGAAGUCUGUUAAGAGUGUUAUGUAAGCAUGCACAUUCGAAACCACACGCAUUUUAUUACAUUUAAUAAAGGAGCAGAUUUCCCAUUGACUACAAUUUCCAUUUCUAUUUUUUUUUUCAACAUAUGUUGCAAAUUGUGAUAUUGUUUUGUGUCAUGCAAUCACUAAUGUGAUAACAUAGACCCAGAUAAUAACCGCUGAUGAACAACAUCAUGUAAUUCUAAAUGAUGUUGCUAUUCAGAUUUAAUGUUGCAAACCCUACUGUAUUUAAAUUAACCCGUAAAUCACAAAUGCAUUUACUAGAACUGUCCCAAAUUCAUGCUUAUUUGAUGCCAGAAAUUCUUUUGAAAUAAAGAGACACACUUUCUCUUUCUGAAAUUGUCUUUUUAUCUCAUAUUACUGAACUAACAUUGAACAAUAAUGCAACAAAACAUGAGUCUUAACAUACAUAAUCCAUGUUAUAGUCCUUUAGUAUCUUGUGUGAUUUUUGUGGGGUCCUCUUGAAUUUGGACACCUCUGGAAGGGUUAAUGAUGACAGUGAUUGAUUUUCUGCACAUUGUUGUAAUGGACUUCAGCUUGCCCUCAAUAAAGUGGAUCAGUUUACAUAUCUGUUGUGCUUUAAAUGCAUCUUUUUGGGUUUAGCUGGUCAUCUGAAAUGUUUUAAAGCAUAGACUCGCAAUAGAAACCAAAUGACUGCUUUUUGUAUGAUUGUUUUCAUUUUAUUUUCAGUUAUUGUAAUUUUGUCUUACAGUAACAUUUUCGCAGAGACAAAAGGACUCUGUAUUUUCAUCUGAUGUCAAACAGGUCUGUUUGUUUUUAAAGACCUACAAUUGUCAAAUAUUGAACAUUCUCUGAAUGAAAAGUCUGUGCUCUGGUUUACAUUAAAUAAAUUGAACAGAAGUUU